AUGUCACCCAAGAAAUCCAACCAUAAGGUCAUCAAUCAAGAAGCUUCUGGUGUAACUGCUACUACUGGUGAGGCUACUGUUGCCACUGCUGGUCCAACGUCCACUGAUCAAGCUCUCACUGCUGCCGAUCUGGUUGUUUCUGCUGCUCCUGUUGGUACUGAUGCUCAAGGCUCAACUGCUGCCACUCUGAUGGAGAUUGAUGAUCCUAUCGUCACUACUAGUCAAGAUGCAAUCAAUGGUGAUUCAUCUGCUAGUUCUUCCAGCGUUGGUAAUAUCCAUGGGGAUAUACCUAGAACGUCUGUUUCAACCGAUGCUAUCAAUGGUGAUGCAUCUGGUAAUUUUGCUGUACUUGCUGAGGUUCAUGGGAGUCAAGCAAGCAGUGUCAGGGCUAGUAGUAACAUUCAUGGGAAUACUGCUGCUUCUGUAGGUGAUGCGAACGUUGACAAUGCAUCUGCCACCUUUUAUCAUAUUCCAGUACCUCAAGGAUUUGCCACCCCAAUCUCAAGUGAUGAAAGAUUGACCUUGAUGAAUGAAAUUGAACGGCUGAGGCUGAUGGUAUUCAAAACAACUAUUCAAAGCAUUGGAUGCCCACAAGGAUCAAUCAUACCUGCAAAUCUUGGUGUCUUGCGCAAUCAACUUGAGAUGGCUGAACGCACCUAUGAACUGGUAUUUGGCAAGACAGAGAGUACCUUGGUACCAAAUGAAACACCCUACUUCCAAUGGCGUGGACACUUCUUCAACAAGCGUAGGGCUGUAUUCGCAACACCAAAUGAUUGUCUUGAUCAUUUCGAACUGGUUUUGCAAGCUCAUCGUCUAUCAAUCCAUGACAAUUGGGAAAGAAUUGUGCCAGCCAAAUUGUCAACUGGAAUGGCUCGUUGGUAUACAAGCAUGGUUGCUAAACAAGGUCGCUUAACUUGGUCCGAAUUCCGUACAGCAGUUAUCAACAAGUAUGGUCGAUCAAGCAUUGAUAUGAGAGAUGAAGCAAGAGAGCAGCUGGAACGACUAGUGUAUCAACAGGGAGAGGCGUUCAAUCAAUUUGUUGACAAGUUCCAACAAUUGCGCAAUCAGGCUGAAAUCCAGGAUGAGGAUUGUAUCGUUCGCUACUUGAUCAAGGCCCUUCCAGAGGAAUUGGCGAACUACACCAAGUUCUCCCUCAACACCAAUUCUGACAAGGAGGAGAUCACUGUGGAUUUGGCGGUCAACAAGAUCACGGCUAUUUACAACGCACUCUUUAAGGACAAGUGGGAAAGAGAACGAGAGAAAGCAACCUCAGUAACAUCCUCAGCCUCAAUUUUAAUUAACAAUAGUGGCACCAAGGUCACCAGUCACUCAACCAAACGAUGUAUUUACCAUCCCAAUGCCCACAAUCAUCGUACCAAGGACUGCAAGGCAUCAGACAACAUGAAAAAACGUAUUGAUGCUGCACAAAGAAAGUUUGGUGAGGUCAACACUCGUAUAUGUCACGAUUGCAAGGAACCAGGAUGGACUCCAGCGCAUAGAGCUGUUUGUAAGAUGAAAAACAAUCAACCAAGAUUUCGAAACAAGGUUGUCAAAAAGACGAUCGUCCCUGUGCCCAAUCAGCAGGCUGGUUACAACUCUGAUGACAAUAUGGAUACGGAUACGGAAUCCGACGAGCAGAACAUGACCUUCGCAGCCAUGAACAUUAAAGAUUGUGAGUAUCAAUACAUGAAUGAACCACCUCGCAAUUUACUAAACAAAAACUCUAUUAUUUUGCCAAUUACUUUAGAGAACAACGACAUCAAGGUACGAACCUACUUUCUUCUGAACACAGGCUCCUCAUUUAGUUGUAUCUCCCCCAAGUUAGCCAAAAUAUUAGAAGUGAAAAUAAAUAAAGACAUUAAAGGCACCAUUAAAACUUGUAAAAAAGACACUGUAAUUGAUAGAAUUGGUUCUACAGAAGAGGACAUUAAGAUUAUAUAUAAUUCUCGCCAAUGUUACUCUAAAUUGGAGAUUUUUGAUAUCUUUAGUGACAUUGAUGUAGUAAUUGGUAUGGAUUUGAUCAUGCAAAUUGGUAUUACAAUCUCCAACAUGGCUAUGGAUUGGGAUGAUGAUAAUAACCCUGAGAUUCCCGCAAUUGAUCCAAAUCCCUACACUCCGAAUGAUUCUCCUUAUGGUACAGAGGCAGAGAGAGCUCAUUUCACGAAAGAAAUUGAACCGUACAUUAAGGCUAACAAAAACAUUGAUCCAAAAGCAUAUUGCAAUAUACCAGGUAGUACCCUAGAGUUGCAUAUAUUGAAACAUCAUGAGAAUAAAAUGUAUAAACCUCAAUGGCCCCUGGAAGAAAGGUUUUUACCAGCUAUUAAGGAACAAAUGGCCACAUGGAUUAGGAAUGGUGUCAUUCAACCAGCACCACCUGGAACGCCAUACAAUUCACCUAUAUUUUGUGUACGUAAAAAGACUAGCACUGGUGAGUAUGCUCCUGGUGUUUAUAGAGUAGUUGUGGAUUGCAGAGCUGUCAAUGCUGCAUUAGAUCCAGACAAAUCAGAUCGAUUCCCACUACCUUUGAUUAGCACAUUACAUAGAAAGAUGUCAGAACACGCUAUAUUUUCGGUAUUGGAUCUUUCACAAUGUUUCCAUAGUUUUAGGCUAGAAAGCGCAUCUCGCAAAUAUGUUUCAUUUAUUGAUCCAACAACUGGCCUGCAAUGGAGCUUCAGGAACUGCCCCAUGGGAUUAUUACCAAUUAGCUCGUUUGUGCAAAGGCACCUGACUAAUUUGUUCUCUGAUCUAAGCUCUGUCACCACCAAUUUCAUAGACGAUAUCACGGUGCACACAGAAGCAGACAUGGAAACACAUUUAAAAUACGUCAAAAUAGUUAUUGAUCGUUUAACAAAGGCUAAUCUCAAGAUAAAUCAUGCAAAGACUCAUUUUGCUCAGCGUAGCAUCAAUAUAUUAGGCUUUUGCCUAUCCGAGAAGGGGUUGGCCCUUGAUUCUCGUAAAGUAAGCAAUGUUUUGGAUUGGGAUCCAAAGGUCGCUAAUAGUAAAGAACUUCAAUCUCGGUUAGGAUUGAUUAAUUACUUUAGAGGCAAUCUACCUCGUUUGUCUACCUUAACCGCACCAUUGGAUGCUAUUAAAAAUGCUCCAGAUAUUGACAAGGUAUGGACAGAGGAUCAUACGAUUGCCAUGACCAACAUUCAACAAUUGCUUUGCUUAUGGCAUUGGUGCCUGUCUAUAUCAAGUAUCAAGAAGCGUAUUUACUAUAAUGGCUUCAUUGCCCGUAAAUUAUCAGCUAGUGAGCAACGCUAUGGAUCAUCCAAGCGCGAGCUUUUAGCAGUAGUUUAUGCUUUCAAUAAGUUUCGCCAAUGGUUAUGGGGUGAAAAGUUUCAUUUAUUCUUGGAUAAUCGUGGUCUAUUGUACCUACAUUCUCAAGAGAAACUUACUCGCAUGAUUGAGAACUUUUAUGAUACAAUUUUUGAAUUUCACUUUGAUAUCACAUAUUGUAUGGGUAUGGACAAUAUUCUAGCAGAUCGACUUUCUCGCAUCUUUGUACCUGGGACAAAGAAGCUGGAGGGGUGUGGUUCUCUCGCUAGAAGAGCUACUGUUAUUAAACGGACAUUGGAUCCAAUCGAUUCUACAAAUAAUAAAAACCUUCACGAAGCUAAGAAGCAAAAGAAGGGUAGUAAAUCAAAGGACAUUAUUCUACAUCCUAUCAAUCAGAGUACUCAGGGUACCGAAAUCAAUGACAUGGAGAAUAAUGUUAAUAAGGAAAAUACAAACAGUAAUACAGUAAGCAGUGCACUCACAGAAACUGCAAAUUCUGACAGCAAGGACAAUAGAGAAUUGUUCAUUUAUGCAUCACAUUUGGAUAUUUAUGAAGUACCUAAAAGUGAGGCACAAAAGCAAGAACUAUUAGAAAAAUCUCACCUAUUAGGACACUAUGGGAUUACUGCUAUGGAGCAGGUUAUACAUGAGGAUUACCAAAUGCAUUGGAAGGGGCUCAGAAAAGACAUUGAACGAUAUGUCAAGAACUGUAGCAAAUGCAGGGUAUUUAACAUAGGAAGACAUGUAUAUCAUCCACCAAAGAAUCAUACUGCGGAUUCUGUUGGAGAUCAUUGGGUUUUUGACCUAGGCACACUUGAUGUUACUACUCCUAGGGGUAACAACUUUAUCUUGGUAGCAAUGGAUUUAUUCUCAAGAUUCAUUGUGUUACGGGCUUUACCAAACAAAACUGCAACAACAGUUGCUAAAGAAAUUGUCUCUAUUUUUAGUCUUUUUGGUUACCCAAAAAUCCUUUCUCAUGAUAAUGGUAAGGAGUUUAGUUCUCAAUUACUGGAGAGCAUUGCUGCCAAUGCACAGAUAGAGCAAAGGCUUUCACUUCCGUGGUGCCCUUUAGGCAACAGCGCUUGUGAAGCCGCGGUCAAAAGCUCAAAGGCGAUCAUCAUUAAAAUGCUGGAUGGGUGUGCCGAAAAUUGGGAUUUAUAUCUUGAUGGCACAGCCUAUAGCUUAAAUUUACAUAAAUCAAGGUUACACGGUAUGAAACCUUUUGUCGUCAUGUUUGCCAGACUACCUAAUGAAUUAAAAGACUAUUCUGAGGUCGAAAUAAGUCUUCCAGAACAAACAUUGAAUGCCAAGGCCUUGAAAGACAAGAUCAAGAGAAUUGACAAGAUUCUUGUACCUGCAAUCAAGGAGCAGAUUGUCAAAACACAGAAAGCUGACAAUGCUUAUUUUAUGAAGCGGCAUAAAAUCCUAAAGAACCCAUUCCCCAUAGAAGCUUCAGUCAUGAUUAAGAAUGUAGAAAGCAAGAACAGCAAAACUGACCCUAAAUACGAGGGCGUGUUCUAUAUUCAUGGUUAUACAAAGAAUGGCAGUUACAUUCUAAAAGAUGAAACCGAUACAUUCUUAUCAAGAGAUGUUCCUACAUCUCACAUUAAAUUGAUCAACGAGAAUCCACCUCCUCCAGAACCUGCUGAUAAACGUUAUGAAGUUGAAGCUAUCCUCAAACAUAAGGGUAAAGCGCCUAACUAUCAAUAUCUCGUUAUUUGGAAGGAUUACGAUUCUAGUUAUGAUUUAUGGGAAACCCCAGAGUUGUUUGAUUCAAAGAAACCUAUUGAACAAUAUUGGGCAAGAGUAGGAGCACCUGAAAAGAGCUCUGGUAAGAAGCAAAGAGCACCUAAAUCAAUCAACAAAAGAAAGAUUGCAACGCGUGAAGAGAGAUCUACAAAGAGACAUGCGCGGUUGAUUGAGAACAGACGACCAUCAUCGUUAUAG